AUGGACAAGAUCCUGAAAGCAUCAUUUGUACUCCUAAUCCUUCACCCAGCCUGGGUGAGUGGCCAGCAGGAGAAACGUGACCAGCAGCAAGUGAGACAAAGUCCCCAAUCUCUGACAGUCUGGGAAGGAGGGACUUCAGUUCUGAACUGCACUUAUGAGAACAGUGCAUUUGACUAUUUCCCAUGGUACAGGCAGUUCCCUGGAGAAGGCCCUGCGCUCCUGAUAGCCAUACUUUCAGUGUCUAAUAAAAUGGAAGAUGGAAGAUUCACAGUCUUCUUGAGUAAAAGGGACAAACAGCUCUCCUUACACAUCACAGAUUCUCAGCCUAGAGACUCAGCCACCUACUUCUGUGCAGCAAGUGCACAGUGCUCUCCAGGCACCUGCAGCCCACACCCAAACCUGCAGCUGAGGCUCCAGCAAAACCCUGCUGUGGGGCUGAGCCUGGCAGAGGUGCAGAGCAGCUUUCAUUUGCAGGAGCAGGUGACUGGUGACACAGUGAAUGUAAGAAUUAGACUCAUUCAGCCACAGACAGACCAAGGUGUGAGCAGAGGAGAGCAGGUGGAGCAACACCCUUCUUUCCUGAGUGUCCAGGAGGGUGGAAAUGCCCUUAUCAACUGCACCUACACAGACAGCACCAAUUAUUACUUCUACUGGUACAAACAAGAGCCUGGGGCAGGUCUCCAGUUGCUUAUAAAUGUCCUUUCAAAUAUGGAUAGAAAAGAAGAACAGGGAGUCAUUUUCUUACUGAAUAAGAAGGACAAACGUCUCUCCCUGAACAUCACAGCUGCCCAUCCUGGGGACUCAGCCACAUACUUCUGUGCAGUGAGUGCACAGUGA